AUUUCCGAAGGGGAGUGAUAAAACGCCAGGCGUGUUGGAGUUGUUGUGAUUUUUGAGCAGACGUGUUUGCAGGUUUUUUGACGUCUACGAAAGCUCGCGAUAGACAGGUUUUUUGUUUUUAAAGGGAAGUUUGAACAUUUUUCGUCAUGUCUUAUAUGCUUUCACAUCUGCAUAAUGGCUGGCAGGUCGACCAAGCCAUCCUGUCCGAGGAGGAUCGGGUUGUGGUAAUUCGUUUCGGUCACGAUUGGGACCCCAUGUGCAUGAAAAUGGACGAAGUUCUCUACAACAUAGCCGAGAAGGUGAAAAACUUCGCAGUUAUUUACCUGGUGGACAUCACAGAGGUCCCAGACUUCAAUAAAAUGUAUGAGCUUUACGACCCCUGCACUGUCAUGUUUUUCUUCAGGAACAAGCACAUAAUGAUUGAUCUUGGCACUGGCAACAACAACAAAAUCAACUGGACCCUGGAGGACAAGCAGGAAAUGAUUGACAUCAUCGAAACAGUGUACAGAGGGGCCAGGAAGGGACGAGGUCUCGUCGUUUCUCCAAAGGACUACUCCACGAAGUAUCGAUAUUAAUUUUAUCAUCUUAGUUCAUUUAUUACAUAUAAAUUAUGUUUUACAUUAAAACAAUAUAAUCAUGAGAUCGGAAUGAGUGAGAAUUUGUUGGUUCAAUAAUUUUUGUCUAGUUAUAGUCACGAAUGAAAUUAUUCAUCAUAUUCUCCAUUUGGUGACUGAUCAAGAGCAUGAUGAUGAUUAUUGUAAUUAUCCUAGUGUAGUAUUUACAAUUUUUAAUACAAGAGUAAUAACUAUAUAAUUUA